GGUCCACGCGGCCUCCGGACCGUCUGCUCCCCUCCUGCUCCGAUCGGAGGGGGCGAGGCGGAGCGCCGCGGCGCCGACCAAGCCCGAUCCCCCCGGUGGCGCUGGAGCGGAAAGGAGCCCGCGCCUAUAAAUCCGCGGCCUCGCCGGCGCCCGCGAGCUCCGAGAAACCGGCCCGUUCUCCGCCGCGCCCGCCGCUACCCUAACCAGCUGACCUCACCCCGCUCGCUGUAUCUAUCUACCUAUCUAUCUAUCGCUCGCUGCUUGCUCGCUCCUAGCUACCGCCGCCGCCGCUGCAGGUGCUGCUCCGGUGCCGGCGCGGGAACUCUAGCACCCCCCGAUGGAGCCCGCGGGUUCGGAGGCAGAGGAGCGGGCGCCGGGGGGCCUCCCGCGGAGCGGCUCCGCCAGCCGCCUCAACGCGCGGGCGCCGGAGUUCGUGCCGCGCGCCGCGGCGGCGGGGACCCCGCCCCCGCCGCCCCCGCCGCAGGCGGUCGUGCGCCUGUUCCCGCCGCCUCCUCCCGCGGCGUUCUUCGUCGCGCCGCCCCCGCCGCCGCCGUUCGAGUACUACGCGGCGGUUGCCGCCGGCGGCGCCCCCGCCCCCGGCGCCAGGUUCGGUCCCCCCGCCCCCGCCGCGGCGGAGCAGGAGGCCGAGGCCGAGCUGCCGGCGAGGGACGGGAGCUUCGACGACCCGGUGCACAAGAUCAGGAAGCAGGUGGAAUAUUAUUUCAGUGAUAUAAACCUGGCCACUACUGAACAUUUGAUGAGGUUUAUUUCAAAGGACCCUGAAGGAUAUGUGCCAAUAUCAGUUGUUGCUGGCUUUAAGAAAAUCAAGGCUUUGGUUCAAAGUAAUUCCAUGCUUGCUUCUGCUCUUCGGACUUCAUCAAAACUUGUUGUCAGCGAUGAUGGAACAAGAGUAAAACGCGAGCAGCCAUUUACAGAAUCAGAUUUAGAAGAACUUCAGGCCCGAAUUGUGGUUGCAGAAAAUCUUCCAGAUGAUCAUUGUUACCAGAAUCUAAUGAGGCUCUUUUCAGCAGUUGGCAGUGUGAGGACAAUUAGGACUUGCUACCCUCAGACUCCCAUUGGAACUGGUCCAGCUACUAACAGAUCUGCCAAGCUAGAUAUGCUUUUUGCCAACAAGCUGCAUGCUUUUGUUGAGUAUGAUACUAUGGAAGAUGCUGCAAGAGCGCUUGUGGAACUUAAUGAUGAGAGGAACUGGAGAAGUGGGCUCAGAGUACGGUUGUUGAGCGCUUGCAUGACGAAGGGAGGUAAAGGGAGAAAGAGUGGUCAUGAAGCUGAUGGUUAUGGUGAAGAGGAGAAUGUCUCCACCUCUGAUCAACGAAAUGACAAACAUUUAGAAGAAGCACCUCAACUGUCAGAUGCAGCUGUAGAACACAUGACUGAGGAUGGCAUUGGAGAUAUGGGAAGAGGACGUGGCAGAGGCCGUGGCCGUGGUGGCAGAGGCCGAGGGCGUGGUUACCACCAAUAUAACAAUCAACAGUACCACAAUCAACAGCAACAGCACCGAAGCAGCAGUCAACACGGUAACAGCCGUAGCGUGGCCCAUCCGGUUGGAACCCCACCAUCUGCCCACCCAGACAAGAAUGAGCAGCAGACACAACCGCAGCCACAACAAUCCUCAACAGCUAACAAACAGCCUCCAGGCCCUCGCAUGCCUGAUGGCACACGCGGAUUCACCAUUGGCAGAGGGAAGCCGCAACCAUCAGGGCCCAGCGUGUCCGCUUCUGAACCUGAACCUUGAACUUGAAUCACACAAAUUGGGAGACAAGAAGCAUGGAUAUGGUGAGAGACUUGCCUUUUAGAAGUCUGUCCUUGGAGGUUGGCUUUCUAAUUGAUGGACCAUAUAACGCUUUUUGCAUGUGCUGUGUGUACUUCAAAAACCUGCGGAGCACUGGUUUGCGACUACUACGUUUGCGGCCAUUGUAAGAUCAAUUUUUUUUUUUGCCCCUUCUGCAGUUUUGGGUGUAAGACUUAGAAGCAAGGAUUCAUGCUAAAAGAAGAGGAAAAGAAAUUAAACAGUGUAAAAUGGUUGUGUAUUGUUGGUGUCUUGUGACAUAAAUGAUAGCAGGAGAUCGAUCAUUUCUGUUUAUACUAUUUUGGGGUUUAUCUA